AUGUACAUUAAACUACACGUUGCGAGUGCAAUAUGGUUAGUGUGGUUGACCUUCUUAACAUGGCCGACGGUCGAUACAAAUCAGGUAUUUGCGCAUGUGCCGUACAUAGUGGUUUGGAAAGAUUUGCCGCGAAGCGGUGAGUUGAAUGAAUUGUGGCUGUGCUGCUGUCAGUUGACGAGAUUCAUUAUGAAGCCGGCCAGAGGGUCUGGAAGAAAAUCCACACAGGGCCCAAUCGGCAGAGGGCGGAGUACAAAAAAGAAUGUUCACACAACUUCUGAGGAGGCUGGUCACAGCAGUGAAGGAGUGAAACGACAGCAAGUCACGAAAAGGAAACAGCCUCUUUCAUCAGUCAACGCUAGAAGAAUCAAAGGUCGAGAGAAAUGGAAACGGUUGGCUCAGCCUGUCAUCUCUGCCAUAGAUAAGAUGCUGAGUCUUGCAGUGCUCUCUGUUCUGUCGAUGAAACUGAAGGAGAAAGAUGAGACACAGAAACAUCUGAACAUUCUGAAAGAAAGAUUCCUGGCCAGCUGUGCCCAGCUCACAGUCCCCCCACGAAAACAAGUUGACCUGGGUCACGUGUCGCGCCAGUACCAGGUUGAGAGCUUGAAGGCUGAAGAAGGGGAGAAGAGACUCAAGUCACUGGAGGAGAAUCACAGAUCUGUAGUCAGUACCCUGGAGGAGAUGGAGGUGACGAGGGACAGACUGGACGAAGAGUGCAGGAUCCUGAGAUCCAGGAUGGAGGAACAGGAGGAGAAUUCACAAGAAGUUCUACAGAGGAGAGAGCAGACGGUUCUGCAUCUCCCUCCUCUGCCACCCCGCUCAGACACGGAACAGCCACUCCAGGAACGACUGAUGAAGUCGGUGCCGAACGGGGCCGUCAUGGCUAAAGCGCUGCAGAAUAUGCCAGAAAUCCAGCAGAUGAAAACGUUUAUGGGGCUCGCGCACCAACAUGCCGAUCGGUGGCUAACUGCACUCAACAGCCAAAGUCAAUCGACUUAAAUGAAUCAACAUACCUUGCCUAAUGGCAUCUCCGCCCUUGUGAUCUAUCUCUCUCAGUCCUUAUACACCUGUCAUGCUCUGUGUGGUGUCCUUAAAGAUUUCUGCAGUGCAUGGUAAAAAUGUUUUCUCCCCCCUCUGUUUUUCGUGUGUUGAACUUGCUUGAGUGUAGUUCUAAAACAGGUUCUGCUGGCCUCUUCUACUGUUUUACUUGCAUUUCGUUCCAUUCACUUCAAAGUAUUUGCACUUUGAAACUGGAAUUUCUUCAUCAGAUAUCUCAGCUGUGUAAUACCACCUGUGCAGUGUGUGAUCCUCACCAAUUUUCCAAUCUUUCUCCCAACAUCCAAGACUGUUGUUUAGUUAUUCAGAUAAUCUUUUCGUUUUAAUGCAUUCAUUGCAAGUCAAAGUAUAAAAUAUUGCCAAAAAUAAAUCAGAGCUAUUUUAGUUUUAGUUUAACUAAAGACAUAAAGACAAAACAAUGUAUGAGAACAGACAGUAUAGAAACAGAACAAAUGUUACAUUCAUAAGAUAAACAAUAAACAUGCUUGGCUUGC